AUGAAGUACGUUCUAGUGUCCGGAGGUGUUAUCAGCGGGGUGGGGAAGGGCAUCAUCGCCUCCUCAGCUGGGCUGCUGCUCAAGACGAUGGGACUCAAAGUCACGGCCAUCAAGAUUGAUCCAUAUAUCAAUGUUGAUGCGGGAACAAUGAACCCCAAGGAGCAUGGAGAGUGCUUUGUUCUAUCUGAUGGCGGAGAAGUCGAUCUUGAUCUCGGCAAUUACGAGAGAUACCUGGCUCUCGACCUGACCAGAGACCACAACAUCACAACUGGCAAGAUAUACAAGCAUGUAAUCGAGAAGGAGCGAAGAGGUGACUAUCUGGGCAAAACCGUCCAGGUUGUCCCUCACGUAACCGAUGCUAUCCAGGAGAUCAUCGAUCGAGUGUCAAAAAUUCCCGUCGAUAACUCAGGAGAAGAGCCUGAUGUCUGCAUUGUCGAACUGGGUGGCACUGUUGGUGAUAUCGAAAGCAUGCCUUUCGUUGAGGCUUUGACCCAGCUUCAGCACAAGGCUGGCAAGAGCAACUUCAUCAAUAUUCAUGUGUCCUAUAUCCCGCUCGUAAAUGGCGAGCAAAAGACAAAGCCGACUCAACACGCUGUCAAAAGUGUUCGCAGUGCCGGCAUCAUCCCAAACCUGAUUGCCUGUCGUUGCGAGGUUCCUCUUGAUGAGUCCACCAUUCGAAAGAUUGCAGUGAGCUGCCAAAUCGAGAUUGAGCAAGUCAUUGCGGUAAGAGAUAUGCCCACAGUCUACCAAGUCCCGCUUCUGCUCGAAGAGCAAGGCAUGCGGAAACUCUUAGAAAGCACACUACAGCUAGACAAGAUCAUCCCCUCUCCUAUCCGAGUCCAAAAAGGAGGGGAGAUCUGGAAGACUUGGAACAAGACUGUCGUCCCAAAGACUCAUCUAGAGUCGGUCAACAUUGCCCUGGUUGGCAAAUAUGUCGAUCUCCACGAUGCUUACCUCUCUGUUGUCAAGUCACUGGAGCACUCGGCUAUGCGUUGCAACCGCAAGCUGAACCUAAUCUGGGUCGAUUCCGAGAAUCUGGAGGAGAAGACGAAGAUCAGCGACCCCACAAGCUACCACAAGGCUUGGCAUGAGGUGUGCACCGCCUCCGGCAUUCUGGUCCCCGGUGGAUUUGGCUCGCGAGGCACCGAAGGCAUGAUGCAAGCGGCAAGGUGGGCUCGUGAGCGCAAGACCCCUUACCUUGGUAUCUGUCUGGGAUAUCAAGUUGCUGUCAUCGAGUACGCUCGCAGCGUUUGCGGUCUUACCAACGCCACUUCGGAGGAAUUUGAUGCGCAGGCUGAGCACCGAGUCAUCAUCUUCAUGCCUGAGGGUUCCAAGGACACGAUGGGCGGUACCAUGCGACUGGGUCUGCGAUCAACCCACUUCCAGCCCGGCAGCGAGUACAGCAAGCUGCGGGCUCUGUACGGUGAAGUGCCCAUGAUUCAGGAACGUCAUCGUCACCGAUACGAGACCAACCCGGAUUACGUGGAAACGUUCGAGAAGGCGGGUCUCACCUUCAUCGGAAAGGACGACUCUGGAGAUCGUAUGGAGAUCUUCGAGCUGAAGGACCACCCAUGGUUUGUUGGCGUGCAGUAUCAUCCAGAGUAUCUGAGCCGAGUGCUCGACCCCUCCCGACCGUAUCUGGGCUUCGUCGCCGCCAGCUCGGGCUGUCUCGAGGAAGUCACAAAGGAGCUUCUCCAGGAGAAGACCAACUUCGUCAACGGAGUGGUUGCCGGCACCCAUUUCUAA